CACAGGUCUCCGGAUCCGCCACUGAUCUCUAACUAUUUUUACACUUUUAAAGUAUGAAAGAGAUUGCAUGUUUCCUUUUAUUAUAUACAAAUAAGUUUGUUAUGAUUUUCCAUUUUUCCAUACUCUCGAGAAACUUAUAUUCCAGCAUAUUGGAAGAACGCUAAACUCGAUUGCGAUCCGGUGCAUCCAUGACAUUAUUGGUUCUUGAAUUACUUCUUACUUCCGGCAUAAAAUCUAGAUCACGGAGGUGCUUGUUAAUUUCGUAACUGGACAGCUGAUUUUUUUCAAGGUUGGUUUACGGUUUGGAUUCCAGUAAUGUGAGCAUGAAAAGUUUGACUGCAGCUGUGUGUGGAUGUGUAACCAGGGCAACCACCAGGUGGCACCACCCCAAGGUAUAUAGCUGGCCAUCCAUCCUUUUAAUCAGGUGUUCCCACUAUGAUGUCCUAGGCGUUCCAAAAAAUGCAACGCAGAAAGAUAUUAAGGCAGCCUUCAUUGACAAGUCAAAAAAGUAUCAUCCCGACAGAAACUCCAAUCCUAAUGCUAAGACAAUAUUUUCUAAAUGUGCGGAAGCCUAUGAAAUUUUAGGGAAAGAAAAAUCCCGGACGGAUUACGAUGCCUCCUUGAGGCCACCAUCAAACACGUACCGUCCUCAACAGUCAGGACACCGUCCAGAUCCAUUCCAGUCCUCAAGUACAGGAUACCAUCCUAGACAGGAGACAGCAUAUCGAGGUUCAUCAUCAACUCGAAAUCGAUAUCGUGGUUAUGAAAGAGAGGGAUGGAAUCCAUAUGAAGAUGUAUACUUCCAACAGGGACAUCAGCGAAGAGCACAGAGUUGGAAGGAAGCCACUGACAAAAGGAAAGCACACCAUAUGAAUGAGAGGGAUGCUAUGGCAAAACAGAAAAAAAUGUGGCGUGAUAUUGGCAUCUUCACAGGCGUAUUAGUUGUUUUGAUGCAGAUUGGAUCAAUUAUGAAAUUUCAUUCUGUGAAAAAGAGAAAAGAAAGGCGUAUACAAGAGAGAAGAGAACUGGCUAAAUUAAGGCAACAACAAUAUGAAAACUGACAUCCUUUUUGCUAGAAGCAUUUCCUGGCAGAUUUUACUGUCUUCUUCUGCAUCAUCCUAAGUCAACUGAUAACAUACCUAGACAUCCCGGCGGCGGACUGAGUCAACUGAUAACAUACCCAGACAUCCCGGCGGAGGACUGAGCCAACUGAUAACAUACCUAAACAUCCCGGCAGAGGACUGAGGCAACUGAUAACAUACCUAGACAUGCCGGCGGAGGAAUGAGUCAACUGAUA